CUCGUCGGGGAGGAGGAGGGGGGAAAGGAGGAAGAAGGGAGGCCAUCAACAAAAAGUUAUAAAUUGUCGAUUGAAUCAGUAUCAACUGAUUACAGCAAUUUUAUAUAAUUUGUAAUUGAAAUCAAAUUAAACUUUAAUUCAAAAUGGAUGAGAAUUAUGAUGUGAUUGUGUUAGGUACCGGAUUGACUGAAUGUGUUCUUUCUGGUAUUUUAUCAGUGGAAGGAAAGAAAGUAUUACAUAUUGAUCGUCAAGAUUUCUAUGGUGGGGAAUCAGCAUCAUUAAAUUUAUCUCAAUUAUAUAAGAAAUUUAAACCAUCAGCUCAAAAACCAGAGUUCUUAACUGGUAGAGAUAGAGAUUGGUGUGUUGAUUUGAUUCCUAAAUUUUUAAUGUCCAAUGGGGAAUUAACUAAUAUUUUAGUUCAUACUGAUGUUACUCGUUAUAUUGAAUUUAAACAAAUUGGUGGAUCAUAUGUUUAUAGAAGUGGUAGAAUUGCCAAAGUUCCUGCCAAUGAACUGGAAGCCAUUAGAUCAUCUUUAAUGGGAAUCUUUGAAAAGAGAAGAAUGAAGAGAUUUUUAGAUUUUAUUGCUAAAUAUGAUGAUGAUGAUGUUUCAACUCAUCAAGGUUUCGAUUUAGAUAAAAAUACUAUGGAUGAAAUUUAUACUUAUUUUGGUUUGGAAAGUGGUACCAAGGAUUUCAUUGGUCAUGCUAUGGCUUUAUGGUCAACUGAUCAUUAUUUAACUGAAGUUGCUCGUCCAACUUAUGAAAGAAUUAUGUUAUAUGUUCAAUCCGUAGCAAAAUAUGGUAAAUCUCCAUAUAUUUAUCCUUUAUAUGGAUUAGGUGAACUUCCUCAAGGGUUUGCUAGAUUAUCUGCCAUUUAUGGUGGUACUUAUAUGUUAGAUACUCCAAUAGAUGAAGUUCUUUAUACUGAUGAUGGAAAAUUUGCUGGUGUGGUUACUAAAGAAGGUACCGCCAAAGCACCUAUUGUUAUUGCUGAUCCAACUUAUUUCCCUGAUAAAGUUAAAAAAGUUGGUUCAAGAGUUAUUAGAGCUAUGUGUAUUUUAGAUCAUCCAAUUGCAGGUACAAGUGAUUUAGAUUCAGUUCAACUUAUUAUUCCUCAAAAUCAAGUGGGUCGUAAACAUGAUAUUUAUAUUGCUGUUCUUUCUGAUGUUCAUUGUGUGGUUCCAAAAGGUUAUUACUUGGCCAUUGUUUCAACCAUUAUUGAAACUGAAACUCCCCAUGUUGAAUUAGAACCAGCUUUCAAAUUAUUAGGAGAAAGAUUAGAUACCUUAAUGGGAAUUGCUGAUUUAUAUGAACCAUCCACUGAUGGAACCGAUAGCAAUAUUUUCAUUUCUAAGAGUUAUGAUGCUUCAUCCCAUUUCGAAAGUACUACUGAUGAUAUUAAAGAUAUUUACUUUAGAGUUACUGGUAAACCAUUGGUUUUGCAACAAAGAACCACAGUAGAAGAAGAACAAGCUUUAAAUGGACUUUAAAGUUGAUUGAUGAAAUGAAAUCCAUACCUACCUACCUACCUACCUCGAUAGAGAAAACAUAUCUAGUUUUUAAUUAGUUAGUUACUUAUAAAUACUUGCUAAGCUUAUGUCCACAUAAUAAUAAAGAAUAUACAUGAAUUUAAAACGAAACU